CUACAGCAGAACGGAGUCCAUUACUUCGUGGUAUAUUAACGCUCGCUAUCAGCCGGACAGAACUCAGUGUCUGCUAACGCUUCCUUCCCUGUGCAGCUCGAUCUCCGGAGCUCUCUCGCUCUAGGUAUAGAAUCCUAAGAAGUCAAAGUGCGCGCGCGGAUAUUUACUUUCCGGGUGGCCCUACAAAAUCUGCAUUCCUAGAUUGGACGCAUUGUUGUGUGGACGUGUGUUUGAUUGAAUCUACCUACGGUUUAGCGAGAAUUCUUCGUGGAUCUUUGCGCAUUUCUAUAUAUUGGCCUCGGCCGCAGUGAUAAGCGCAAACUAUUGAGUGAUUAAUUUUUAUCACUUAUCGCCGCGUUCUUGGAAGGCUUUUUGUAUUCCGGCGAUAAUAAAGCGUCUAAUGACAUCCGAUUAGUGCAUCUUGUGUGGGAAUGAUCGUUGUCUCUUCUUCUGUCGUUGUCGCCGCCGCCGUAGUUGUUGCAAGUGAUUUGUCAAUAAAAAUUGGAAGAUUAGCAGUGAUUGUGUCGCCAACAGCAACAGUAGCAAAUACCUUCGACCGAUAAGUGACUCCGGAGUGGCAAUUAGUGGUUGAUAAGUGACCUUCAUGAAACGACACUACUUCGUCCAGAUGAAUAACCAACAACGAAUGAGUCCCGUGGGGGUUUCCGCGGUCAGUUCCGGGGCUCCCAGUCUGGAAGCGAUUGGGUCCAAAGGAGGUGGGGGGACGGUCAAUGGGGGGUACGACGGGACCGAUGAUGUGGACCAGAGCCCACCGGAUUACGGGAUUGUGAAUAUCUAUCAACGGUCCAACGGGGAUCUGAGUAGUCUCGGUGGAAAGAGUAAGAACAUGUACGAAGGAAGCCACGAAAAGAGUGAAAGUGAUAAAGGGGGAAGCGGCGCGGACGAGGAUAGCGACAUCAUUACGGAGUACAUUGGACACUACGGACUGUGGCAGUUCUAUUGGACCUUCCUGCUGUGUUUGUUCCAGAUUCCGACGACCUUCCAUAUUUUUUGUCUUGUCUUCCAGGCCGCAAACCGCGACUUCUGGUGUGCCCGCCCCGCGCACCUUCGCUCGAUACCGCUGGAGCUGUGGCGCAACCUGACGCACCCCAACGGGGGUCAAUGUUCGCACGUGAACGCACCCUACCAGCAGCUGAGCGUGCAGAACUUCACCGACUACUUCGGUUCGGUGAACGUGUCUUCGCUAGAGCAGGUCAGCUGCAAUGGGUUCGAGUUCGAUUCGCGUAUUUUCGGCCAAACCGUGAUCACCGAGUUCGGGCUGGUGUGCGACCGGGCCCAGAUGAUGAGCAUCGUGGAGAUGUGCUUCCUGGCCGGGGCAGCGAUGGGCGCCGUCGGCAGUGGCUGGAUCUCGGAUCAAUUCGGCCGCCGGCACACGCUGAUGUGCUUCGCGCUGAUACAGGCCGUCACGGGCUUCCUGCUGGGAUUCGUCACCUCCCUGGAGCUGUACAUGGCCCUCCGUGUGAUCAUCGGUUUCGCUUCCAUGUCGGUGGCCGUCGUAAGCUUCGUGCUGGUCGUCGAGCUCGUCAGCGGCAAGUACCGGACAAUCAUCGGUAUCCUCAAUAUCCUUCCGGUGGCCAUCUCGUACGUUCUGGCAGCCGCUAUCGCUUUCUUCACCCGCGACUGGCGGUUGAUGCAAUUCGUAAUUACAACACCGGGAGCAUGUCUGCUGCUGAUGUGGUACUGGUGUCCGGAGUCUCCACGGUGGUUGCUGGCUAAGGGACGAAUUGAUGAACUGAAAGCAAUCAUCGAUCAGGCCGCCCGGGUCAACGGGUUCAAGCUUCCACCGGGAUACGAGAAAACACUCCAGGUCCCAGAAACGGAAACCAGUGGCGAUGUGGUAUCCGUGUUCGAUCUGUUUCGGAUGAAGUUCCUUAGAACAACCUUGGUCAUGCUGGUCGUCUGGUUCGGAAUCGUGCUGAUAUAUUUCGGAAUUACGCUGCACCUGAGUAACCUUGGAGGGGACAUCUACCUCAAUACUGUCCUUGCCGGUAGCGUUGAAUCGAUUGCCAUCUGCCUCAGCAUAGUGGUCGUGCUGAAGCUCGGAUUACGUGUUAAUUUAUUCCUCUACAUGGUCGUCGCCGGCCUGUCAUGCAUCCUGAUGAAUUUCAUCCCGGACGGGAACCUUUGGGUGAUAAUUUCGCUGGCUAUGAUAGUCAAGUGUUCCGUAGGGGCGUGCAAUGCUAUCAUUCCGACGUUUACGGCCUACCAAUAUCCUACCACCAUGAGGAACCUCGGGGUCGGUGCCGGCAACUUUGCCGCCGGCGUUGCGCUCAUCAUCGUGCCGUACCUGUGGCUGCUGGAGCACGUUGACCAGUAUCUGCCCAUUACGAUAAUGGGAGUGUUCAGCAUAAUCGGGGGCCUGGCUCUGCUGGCACUCAAGGAUAAGCUUAGCAAGAAGUAUCAGCAACGGCACCGGAGCGGUAGCGGAAGCGGAGCCAGUGUGGGGAGCAGUGUCACACGGUCCACCGAUGACGAUACGAGGCGCAUCGAGAAACACUUCCCACGAGACAACGUGGAAAAUGGACUGAGCAACAUCGGAUUCGCUCAAAACGAGAGCAUAUUUCUGUGAGAGGAUCGUGACUGCCGCCACCGCCGCUGUUGCAUGGGUCAGCAGGUCUCGAAAUUGUAAAUAGCUACUAGGUAUACGAACCGCAUGUGACUUGUUGGCGGACCCCCACUUCCUGCUCCUGGAGACCUCAUGGCUUGGCGGACAGUUAAUAUCAUUUGAUCGAGACGGGAAGGAGAGGGUCUGCAUACGGGUCUGAACAUACGAUUGCCGACGAUUGAUGACAGAGUACAAGAAACUUAAUUUUUAGUGUGGUUAAGGACAGAUGAAAGCAUUAUCAGACAUUGAUGGGUACGCUCCUCCUAACGGUCAGUCGUGUGUUUGGUAGAAGGGCUGGUUCCAAAUCAAUUGUCCACUGACGGACUGACAAAGCAAAGCGAGUGACUGCGUGAAGUGUUCGCGGGUCGGUUUAUCACGAAGUUAGCUAUUAACGAUAUUGUGUAGCAUGUGUGUAGUCCAGUUACCAGGGUGUAAAUGUAGUAGGAUGUAUGUUUUCUGCAAAAGGUAGUACAUAUGCUCUGCUUACUUUUUUAUUUGGAUAGACAGAGGUGUAGCGUUGCACGGAGCAGACUUCGGUCUGGUUCUUUGAAUAUAAGUGUAUUUUCCUUUCUUUGAUGGGUAAAACCCGAACUACACCGGUAUAUUACAUGAACAACGCAUUAAAAUGUGCUCUAGCUGCACGAGCGAUUCGCGAACUACUGAACCGAAGCAUAAACUGGAGACAAUAAUGGAGUUAAUGGCUAUUGCCUAGGAUUAUGAGAUGCACUCAAGUAUUACGUAUGCCAAGUAUAACUUCUGUAGGAUAUCACGUCGUCAGACUAUAUUGUUGUAGAUAUAAUGGAAAUGAUAUAAGUGAUUAAGAAUCUGUUUUACUAUAAAUAUAAAUAUGAUCGUUCAUCAACA